AUGUCACAUCCGCGAGUUUUGUCCAAUGAUGAAAAAGAAAAACUAGAAAAAGAGAAGAAAAUAAGUGAUUUUCAUAGGACGAAAUUGGAAGCAGAAGCAAAGAAAAACUGGGACCUAUUCUACAAGAGAAAUUCGGACCAUUUCUUCAAAGACAGACAUUGGCUGACCAGAGAAUUCGAAGCAAUCCGCAACCUUCAUGAGGCCGGUAGCGGAAUAGUGUUCGAGGUUGGAUGUGGUGUUGGGAACACCAUUUAUCCCUUGCGAGAGGAGUGUCCUGCCCUUUUCUUUUACGGAUGUGACAUUUCUCCUAGGGCUGUGGACAUUGUGAAGAGUCACCCUCAGUACGAUUCGGAUAAGAUAUACUGUUUUCCAAGUGAUAUCACGUGUGAUCCUCCCCUGACAGAUCGCAUCCCUCCCGGAAGUGUGGAUCUUAUCACUCUUAUCUACGUUUUGUCAGCUUUAUCCCCUGAGACUGUGGCACGUGCUAUUCAGAAUAUAAAACAGGUUCUGAAACCUGGUGGAAACGUUAUUCUGCGCGACUAUGGUUUGUAUGAUCACGCAAUGUUGAGGUUUAAGUCUGGACACAAGAUUCAGGAACAUUUUUAUAAACGGCAAGAUGGAACAAGGGCUUACUACUUCACAACUGAGGAAAUGGCUGCACUUUUCGAAGAAGCGGGAUUUGAGGUAGUUUUCAAUUACUAUGUUCAUAAAGAAACUUCUAACAAGAAAGAAGGGAUCUCUGUUCCAAGGAUAUUCGUUCAGUCUCAAUUCAGGCUUCUCCUACAACAGAAGUCUUCAUAACACGCCAUUUUUAUUAUUUUUCUUAUUAUUGUGAUAGAAUACGGUGAAUACCAGUCAAAGAAGGACAGUAAUCAGUAUGAUAUCGUUAUAAUCGACUUAAAUUAUCUGAUUUUAAGUUUGAGUAUGAUUAUUUCCGCUUAGAGGACUUUGAGAAAUUUGAAAUGAGACAGCGAAUAGCACAGUGGGUUUCCGAUGUUCGAGCUUUUAGAAACGUGCGAUCUGUUUACGAAAUUAUGGGAAUCACUUCAGUGAACGAUUACAUCAGAAAUAUCUUUAUAGACCUAGGUUAGUUACGCUAAUUUCUAUACUGUACAUUGUACAGUGUACAAUCUAUUGAGAAUAUAAUGAUAUGACGGUUUACCACGAUACUGCUCGAUUUUUUAGAUGUUAGAAUGUUUGUAAAUGUUAGACGAUAGUCCUGUUAGUGGAAAUAAACAAAUAUCAUUGGUGAUGCUUGGCUCUAAUUUAUUCAAACUUUUACA